AUGAACACCAACCAGCUCCUGGCCGUCAGCUUCAUCGGCCUCAUCGUCAACCUCGGUGUUUUCUUGCACGUCAUGGCCGACACGCUCGGCUCCGUCGGCGUCAUCAUCUCCACCCUGCUCAUUGAGCGCUACGGCUGGACAGGCUUCGACCCCAUCGCCUCCAUCUUCAUCGCCCUGCUCAUCUUUGCCUCUGUCGUCCCGCUCGUCCUCGACUCGGCGAAGAUCCUCCUGCUCUGCUUGGACGACGACAAGGAGAGACAGGUCCGCAAGGCCCUCGGAAAGCUGUCUACUAUCGAGGGACUGUCGUCCUAUUCCGCCCCCCGGUUCUGGCCGAAGGACGGCGCGGCGAUUGUCGGCUCGGUGCAUCUGCAGCUGAGCCCGACGAGUGUGCGAGCGGACCCGGCCUCGAGCAGCAGCCCGACGACGACGACGGGGCUGGAGAGCCCGGUGAUGAUCCUCGAGGAGCAGGAGGGCCUCUUCGCGGCCUAUUCCCACGCCCCCCGCGUCCUCGAAUCCGUCCAGAAAACGCUCGCCAACCAGCUCCCUUCUCUCGUCGAACUCCAUCUCCAACUCGAAGGCAUCGACGGCUCCAAGUUCUGCUUUUGUCUGACCGGCCCCAACUCGUAA